AUGAAGCGACAAAAAGAUGUACAGUUGGAAUCGAAGCCAAAGAUACAAAAGCGUACUGAUUUUUUAAAUGACCUGGAUGGACUCCUUGUCAGCUCUAAAAAUUUCAAUAAACUUUUUGUACAGAAAACAAGUCAGGAAUGGAUCAAAACUCAAGUUGAAAAGCUUGUACAAAGUCACAUUCAUUUAUUUAGAUUUAUCGAAGUUUUAACAAACUUCGUUGUAUCUGGAAAUCAUCAUCCACAUGUUGUUCAACAAGUGCUUGUUUGGUUAGAUUAUUGUCUACAACACCAUUCAACUUCUAUGCAAACACCAGAAAUUCAGAAGGUUUUAAAGAAUUUGUGUUCAUAUUACUACGAAAUGUAUGGGAUGGGGAAUAUGUUUUUAAAAGCUGCUAACCGUGGUAGUGCUAUGGAAAAUUGGUCAAAUGUUCAAAAGCUUAUUAGUCACUUCCCUCGUAGAUUUUAUUAUCCGGUUCUACCUAAAACAAAGUUUGUAUACAUUGAUGAUGAAAGCAAUCCUACCGGAAAAUCUAAUGCUCCAUUAAAUUUAUAUAGUUCCGAAAACAAUGAAGAAAAUCUUGAUAUCCUGAAUGAUGAAUAUUUGGAUGUAGAUACAAUGUCUUUGAUGAAAGAUGACUCAGAGUAUGAACAGGAAUCGUUGUAUCAAUCAGUUGAAGAAUCUGAUGCCGGUGUAUUUGAUGUCAACGAACCUCUGUCACCUGAUGCAGAACAGUUUCUUAAUAGUAUAAAUGAUGACUGGGAAGAUGAAAUAAUUUCUUCUGAAGCUGAAAGUGAUUCGGACAAAUUUAUUUAUCCUGAAAUAAAAGAUUCUGAGGACGAUUUGUCUGUAUCAAGCGAAAUAUCUUCAACCUCUGUCAAAACAAGUCUGUUUCCGGAUGUUACUGAACAAUUGGGAACCGUUAAUAAUGGUGAGAAAAAUGAGAAAGUUGUUAAACCAAAAACAAGCAAAUCUAACUACUCAGCCUUAAGUCAGUCCCCAAGCAAUCGUCAAAAAAACCGUCGAUCAAGUUCAAGAAUAACUACAUCUCAAAAACAUUGA